UGUGCGCGUGUGUAUGCAACGUCCGCUCUGCGUGUGCACGCACACGUGAACAGCUGAAAAUGGCCGCAACGUGGAAACACCGUCCGGAGCAGAGAUAAAAUAUCUUGCCCCGCAAUGGCUGGCGUAAACGUAAACGGAUUCUUACACACGUGCACGCUGGUCGUCUGCAAUCUCACGUGCGCGAUAAUUCGCCUGAUACAUUCGUACAUCAAGAGACUGGCGAACGACUGGCAGGAGAGGCACAGGCCGGUCAGGAUCGUGCAUCGCAGCGAGAACUUUUUAAUAGUCGACAAGCCCUACGACAUGUACAUAAAUAGCAAUAAUCCCGACAGAAAGAAUACCCUUCAGACGGAGCUGCGGGAGAUGCUGCCGGACCUGGUCAAUCCGCGGCUGUGCCACGAGUUCCACUUCGUCCACCGGCUGGAUUAUCCCACGAGCGGCGUCAUGUGCAUAGCGUUGAACAAACGGGCGGCCCGGGCGGCGUCGUCCGCCUUCGAGAAUCACAAGGUGCACAAGUUCUACCUGGCGCUGGUGCACGGCCACAUACACGAGCCCCACAUCGUCAUCGACAAGCCGAUUGGUGCUGACAUCCGGGAGAUGGCUGGCAAUCACAAGAUGUGCACGAGCGACAGUGCCUUCUGCGACAAGCCUCGCAGGUCCCACACGACGCUGGUAGUGCUGGAACGUGGGUUUUGGAGAAGCAAGCCCGCCACUAAGAUCCUGCUGGCGCCUGGCACAGGUAGACGACACCAGCUGAGAGUGCAUUGCCAUCAUAUCGGCCACACAGUCAUAGGAGACUACACGUACAGCGAAGGCAAGGACGUGGAACCUCGCAGAACCUACCUCCAUUCUUUUAGGUUAAUAUUGAACUGUGAUAUCGAAAAUAUAGACGUGAGAACGGCGGAUCCGUUUGACGCCUCUGCACUGUCCGAUUACAAAGCGACGAGUGUAACAAAAAUCUUGGACGAGAACAUAUUUCACGAAAUACGCAAACUUGUGGAAUAAAACCAAGGCGUUUUGCGGUAA